CGCACGAUAAGCUCUUGUCCAUCAAACCAAUUCAAUUCCUAGAAGGUGAACCCGUUCAUAAGCUUCUUACUAUAUUUGUUAAUGGUACUCUGCAAGACUUAGCCCAAUUUAUUGAAAAGCACCCUGAUUUUAUCAAACAAAACGACUUAUCAGAAGAAGCUUGUCUAAAUAAACUCAGAAUGCUCACUCUUAUGGAAUUAGCAGAGAAGUCAUCUGAGCUGGACUACGCUACAGUUGCCAAAGAAUUGAAACUUGAAGAGGAGAAACUGGAAUUUUUUAUUAUUGAAGCAGUCCGCCAACGCAUCAUCAGUUGUAAAUUAGAUCAAGUUCAGCGGCGUAUCAUUGUAACCGGAGCACUUCCGCGUAAUUUUGGACGUGCCCAAUGGAAAAAUCUAUAUGAGACAUUGCUCAAUUGGCGUACUGGACUCACUCAAGUUCAGACGAGUCUUGUUCACAUGAUGAAAGCUAGCUCAUAA